AAUCCGGAACCAAUCCGAUCGGUUUGACUUUUGACCAUUCAGGUAAAAUUUAUCGUACCAUGUGAGAAGAUUUCUAUGUAUUUUGUAAUACAAAUUUAAUUUGUUUCAUUAGUAUAUAAUCCGAUAAUCCGUUUAGAUUUAAUACUCACAAUUAUAUUGAUAAAGCUCUCGUUGUAUGAUCUCUAGGGUCCGUUUAACGUGAUGAUGAAGAGAAGAAGCAGAGAGAACAACUACAAUAUCUCAUCACAACGUCGUCGCUACCGUGAAAUCUCCACUAGGGAAAAGUCGCGUUAUAUCAAUAUCCCUCUCGAUAUAACGGUGGAGAUACUAAAGAAACUCCCGGCGAAGUCUCUCGUGAGGUUCCAAUGCGUCUCGAAGCAAUGCUCAACCAUUAUCGGAUCCCGUAGAGACUUCAUUGAUUCGAUCGUGGGUUCGAUGACUCAUCCGCAGCAGCGGUGUGAUGUCCAAAUCAUCUUCCACUACCAAUCAGACAAAUCUUCUUUUUUCAUCUUCGCACAUCCUCAAAACACUGACCAAGAAUUUGUAUCAAUCCCUGGAUUAACGGUCGAUAGUUAUGGCUACGUUCGCGAUGAUUUAUUCAAUCACGUUUUCGUCUUUGGGUACGACCCUGUCAAGAAUAGAUACAAAGUAGUGUGCCUGAUUACCAAAUCGGAAGAGUUGGAGAACACUUUUUUUGUUUUCAAAUUGAGAGAUCCCAAGAAGCAAUGGAGGAAUAUCAAAUGCGGCAUCCAACAUCAUAAAGAUCAUGGCUCUACAUUUUUCUUGGUGAGUUUUGAUGUUAGGUCCGAGAAAUUUAAUCAUGUGAUGUUGGAAAGAAAGCGUAAGAAGUUUUCAAACAAUUUUUAUUUUGUUCUAUAUAUUGGUUUCGAACCAGUUGUUAUAUACAGUAUAAAAGCCUGCUAA